CUGCCUUGUUUCACGAAAUGAGCGAGAACUCGUCGAAAACGGCUGCUGCGGCAAGCGGCGAGCCGCAGCUCGAUUCCCUUUCCUCGUUUGCCUCUGUUGCCGGCCUCGUAGCCAGCAAAACUGUCGUCGUACACCCUAUCGUCCUCCUCUCCGUCGUGGACCACUACAACCGUGUCGCUCGAGGGACGAGCAGGCGAGUCGUAGGCACGCUGUUGGGGGAGAUCUCCGAUGGAGAAAUUCACGUGACGAACAGUUUCGCACUGCCUUUUGAGGAAGACCCGAAAGAUCCGAAUGUGUGGUAUUUGGACCGAAACUACCACGAACAUCUCUACCACAUGUUCAAGAAGGUCAACACACGCGAGAGAGUUCUCGGCUGGUACAGCACCGGCCCUCAGGUCCGCAUGACGGACUUGGAAAUCCACGAAAUCUUCAGACGAUACACCCCAAAUCCGGUGUAUGUCAUCGUUGACAUCAACCCAAAAGACUCCGUCGUCCCCACAAAGGCUUACUACUCUUUCGAGCAGCCGACAAGCGACCGAACUUUCCGCAGAACGUUUGUCCACGUUGCUUCCACGAUCGGCGCCCUGGAAGCGGAGGAAGUUGGCGUGGAGCAUCUUUUGAGGGAUCUGAAAAACGCUUCGACUUCCACUCUCGCCACACGCGUUGCCGACAAACUGUCUGCUCUGAAGUUGUUGAUUGGAAAGAUCCAGGAGAUCUACGCGUACCUCCAGGAUGCAGCGAACAAGAAAAUUGUCGCGAACCCGAACAUCAUGUACACCAUCCAGGAUAUCUUCAACUUGCUCCCCGACUUGAGCGAUCCGGAGCUUAUCGAAGCCUUUACCAUUCAGGCCAAUGACACGAUGCUGAAUCUCUAUCUGGGCAGCGUAGUGCGCUCCGUGCUGGCCCUGCAUAACCUCAUCAACAACAAAGUGGAGAACAAGCGAGCCAGCGAGGAGAAGAAAGAGAAGAAGGAAGACGAAGAGACAGGAGAGACGAAGAAGGAAGCAGGCACUGACACGAAGAAGGGAGAAAAAGAGAGCUCACAAUGAGACAUGGUAACUGAUGACGGACACCGUGUAGUGAGCAGUGCCCAUGUGCUCGCUGUUUUUGUCUUUGUUUUCUGAAAACUGCUCAGCCCUGCGGCUGAUGCGCACCGAUAUUGCGUGUUAUUGCCCAAUAAAAUUUCAACGGACGUGAAA